UCUAACUAUUACAAUAUUUCUCCUUUUUGUACUAGCUCUUUGACGUCAAGGGCAAACCGUUGGCGUUGUAAACUUACAAACUUGCUUCUUACUAUAAAGAAGAGUUCUUACACACGUUAAAAUUUAAUCCCCGUCAUUUGACGUUUGUGUGACUCCGAUAAACGCCGUAGAGUUCUCGGAAAAGCGGAACUCCAGGACGCGAAAAGGAAAAGCAAAUCAUUAAACGGAUGCCGUGAAGACCCGGAGAGUUACGGAUACAGACCAGUUGCCACACUUCAUCUUGCGAUCGCUAAGUUCUUAAACGACUUGGAUCGGUCGCCUGAACUCAAGUGGUUAAAGAGGCUCGUGACGUGAUUUGGACACGAAUAGAGCAUAAGGAGCAAAGAUUUGUCAGUCAGAGAGAAACAGAGCACGACACAGUUUAUUAUCCACGCUCGUCGAGGCUUCUAAUUGCGGAGUUGAGAAAUUAGAGAGUUUCAGCUGGGCGAUCGUUUUUCCGAGAAAAGCUUGAAAAUACUACAUCAGUUUGUAGGCUGCGAAACUUCUCCCUCAAAAUGAACAACAGUUCCAAUGUAUCAACGACAAACGCAACAACCGCCGGUGCUCCACCACAGGGUACUUCUCAUGAGUUCAAAAUUGGUAUAACAUGUGCGUAUGCAGUUAUUUUUACCAUCGCUUUCCUUGGAAAUUCAUUUGGGUUGUACGUUGUGUUAAAGAAGUCUUCCUCUACCAGCGUCACGAACUUGUUUAUCGCCAACAUGGCCGUUGCAGAUCUGAUGUUGACGUGUACAAUCAUGCCGGUUCAGGUGAAUUUCAUUCAUGGGGAUGUUUCUUGGAUUCCAGGAAUAUUGGGAAACGUGACUUGCAAGCUGGUGUUCUACUUUAUCCCAGUUUCAAUAGCGGCAACUGUGUUCACGAUGAUGUUCAUUUCGUUCGAUCGAUUUUACGCCAUAUUCUAUCCACUGAGAGAGAAGAUCUUCCGCAAGCCAAAAAUAUUGUCCGCCACAAUUUGGAUUCUAUCUUUAGUGCUGAUGGUCCCAUAUCCUAUGUUGUACCAAAUACAGUAUAAACCUCGAGAGAACAAGCAUUUUUGUUUACAAGUGUGGCCAUGGCAAGACAAAAACGAUGUUACAAAUGCUGAAACUUAUCGCGUACUUAAGAUCUUUCACACCACGAUUUUCGUUGUGCUUUACGCAUGGCCCCUUACAGUAACCAUAGUCAUCUACUUCUUAAUUUGCCGUAAACUAUGGCUUCGAAAGAUCCCAGGAAAUGUGACAACUACCAAUCGCGCUGCGGCUGAAAAAUCCAAACGCAAAGUUGUUCGGUUAUUAGUCAUAAUCGUCUUGGUCUUUGCAAUCUGCUGGUUCCCAAAUUAUAUUGAUCAUUACAUUUGGUUCGUGCGACCUGACCUUGGGAACUCGAUACCGCAGGAAGCACAGCUAAUGUUUUUGUGGCUCGCGCACGCAAACAGUGCAAUAAAUCCAUCACUUUAUAUUUUGCUGAACAGCAAAUUUCGCAAAGAACUUUUCAUCACGAUGACUUGCUGUCCUCGUUAUCGAGUCAGGCUGGCACGCUUUUUGUCGGCUUCGUCACAGAAUGAGGAGGAGAACAGUUUUACAACUGGAGGUACCAUGUGGAAAAUGAUGUCGUUUGGUCGAGUAACGGCGUACACGUUGCCGCGUAGUCCCUCAGAGAAGCGGGAAAGAGGGCACACUAACCUGUCUUUGUCAUGGAUGAGCAUCAAAGAAGGCCACUCGUACCCAAAUAGUCCACCACCUCAGAACCAGAAUCCUAACUCCUCACAGAACACUGGUAAAAGCGGAGAAGACAUGCUCCAAGUGUACCCUUUGUCUUAAAAGCUGGUUUAUAGAUUUUUUCCUUGGUUCAUAAGCAAGGAUAGUUGCAUCUUUGAAUGACAUGACAAAAAGGCUGCCGGCUUUAAAAUGCGUUGCCAUUCCAAAGAGGUGACAGGCCUUAAUGGUUGGAUUUAAACUUUAAUGUGUAAGUCCAUCGGAUUAUUUUGUCCACGGAAUUAAAAAAGUUUUCCUCUGCCUUUGGGACAUUCCGAAUGACUUGAACUGAUCUAUCAAUAAGACAAGGUUACUCCUAAAACUUCGUCUUUGUUGUAGCGUAGCUGCACGUUACGUACAGAAACAACUAGACAUUUUGUUUCCUUUAAAUAAGUUGAACAUAUGUGAUGGCUUACAGUUUAAUCCUGCGUGAGGGUUGAAACAAAUUCUAAAUCAAUAUACUGAAAUGUUUAUGUAAGUGGGUUGAUAACAUAAGCUAUAAAUAAACGUAUUAUCCAGGAUAUCAUUAUAAAAUAAACUUACCGUAAUAAUGUAAAAAUAUAUUAAUUGAUUUAGUGGACUACAUUACACAAUACGUUCAUUAUAUUAUAAUAACGUACAUUAUGAAGGAUCGCUAUCGCUUGAAGGAUAGGAAGGAAUUUAGCUUGGGUAGCUUAAUUAAAAAUUCUAGCAUCAGCUGAUGCACGUGCGGAUCAUUAAAAUAGCGCUCAACCCACAGGUGGCUGAUGAAUACUCUCCGCAUUUGCAAGAUUUCUUGAUACCGUUCCUUAUUGACUGUAAAUAUGUAUAAUAAAUAAGAUCGAAGCUGAUCAUUUCUCCCUAAUAUUAAUCAAACUUCACAUACACCCACGGAAAUUACGCAAUAAAUGUUAUCUAUAAAACUCUGAUCAAUAUACAAUUUGUCAAGGUGAGUGUUGAA